UCUCGCUUGUCCUUUGGGCGGGAGCGCGCGUGUGUGUGAACCGCGGAACAAGUUUCUUUCAUUUUUCUCUUCGCCGAGCAAAGUGAUAUCCCUCCGCGUGCGCCGGGGAGAAAGUAGUUCUUGCUUCGCCGGCUCCGCAAGUCGACUUCUGUCGGUAACUUCUGUCGGGAACUAAUAGCGGAGUAGACUCGGGCACUGGAACUAUCUCCCCACCUGCUCCCAGGACUCCUCACCCGUCUGCGGGACACUUGUGCGAGGAUACGAAGUGUGUGAUGAGUCCGGUCCCCUCAGAACUUGCUCAGUCUCCUCCUCACAGCGACCGCCGACUCCUCACUCCCGGAACAACCAGCCCGGCAUGGAGCUGCACAGCCUCCCCGAACCCCUCCCGUGUCUCCAGAAGCUGGCAGUCCGGAGCUGUCCUGUUGGUAGUGCCAAGCCCAUCCCGCUCAUCAAAUCACCCAGCAGCCAGGGCAUCGCCAUAUCAGUCGUUCCGGCCAAAGCCCCCGUCACUAUGGUGACCGCACACCUCAAUGGCCAAAAAUCAACCAAUGCCACAGCUCCUUCAGCAACGAGCGCCACCGAACAGACUGCGCCAAUCAACCUCCAAACCACAGGCAAACUGGUGGGCGGAACCUUAAAUCUGGCAACAAGGAGGGUGUCUGACAUAUCCCAUGCGCAGGCAUUGGGAACAAUAACGGCGGUGCCCAUCAAAAUCCCUCAGGUGAGCUCCUUGCACAGAUUGGCAGGACACGGCCCUGCAGUGCUACCUCAGGUUAGGCCAAAGACUCUGAUCCCAGAAAGCCUCUCGAUCUCCCCCUGCAGAGAGCAGCCUUCCAAGCAGCCCCCUACCUUUCAAAAAGCCACAGUCGUCAGCAUCAAAAACCCCAGCCCCGCCCUUCCCACCGCCAACAAUACGGUCGGCCACAUCCCCACUUCCGCUAGCCAAUCCCAGAGUGUUUUAGAGCCGACGAUUUCCUCUCCUCUCAGCGGGGCCGGAGUUGCCUAUGCCAUUAUAUCGGCUUCCCCCAGCAAUGCCAGUCCCAUUAACACCAGCACAGUCUCCGUGGUCAACGACGGCAUCAAAGUUCAGCCGCUCCUCAUCAGCGCUGACAGUAAGGUGGGUCCAAAUACAUCCGAGCGUCAGCCUUGUGGCUCAGCAGCGACUCUUUGUUCACUCCGAUUCUUCCUUUACUUUUCUCAGGUUAUCAUUAUUCAGCCUCAAAUCCAGAGCCAGCCAGAAUGCAAAACUGAAAUCAAGAAGCUUUCGGAAGAGACGCAGACACCUCAGGGACCCCCAGCUGCCAAAAAGAAAAAGGAGGAAAAUCCAGAGAAAAUUGCCUUCAUGGUAGCACUGGGCCUCGUCACGACAGAACAUUUGGAAGAGCUCCAGAGCAAACGUCACGAGCGAAAGAGGAGGAGUACGGCCAAUCCGGCCUAUAGCGGACUCCUUGAACCCGAGCGGAAACGUUUUGCCUCAAACUAUCUGAGCAACCCAUUCAUAUCAGGGAGAGCCAAUGAGGAUCUAUUUUGGAAGCAUGAGAUCACACAUGAUGAAUACUGCUCCGCGUGCAAACGAGGCAGUUACCUGCAGACCUGCGGUGCCUGUCCAAGAGCUUAUCAUUUAGAUUGUCUGGACCCGCCAUUAAAAGUACCACCCAAAGGAGUCUGGUUGUGUCCAAAGUGCCAACAAAAGUUAUUAAAGAAAGACGCAGUGCCAUGGAGCGGGGCCCUUACAUUAGUCCAGUCGUACGUGACCCACAAAUCAGUAAAAGAAGAGGAGAAGAGAAAGCUGCUAAAGAAAGGCAACGAGCUGAAGAACGAACAGCGGCAGCUUGAGGAUCAGGAGCGACUGCUGAAUAACGCCAUGAAGAAAUGCUUGGAGCUAAAGAAUAGCUUGCUGGUCCAGCAGAAAGGGACCCAGUCCUCUCUGGAACGCCUCAAAACUCUCAUUAAACUCAUCCAGAGUGAGCAGAUGAUUCAGGUCACCAUGACAACCACCUCUUCAUCCUCCUCCCCCCCUCCGUUGACUGUCACUUGGAUCAAACCGUCAUCUGCCGCUGCCAACACCGCUUUCCACAAAGCCCUGCAGCCGUCUCACAGCAACAACUGACACAUGAAACAAUACUUUCAGCAAUCGUUGCCAAGAAGAGGAAGAACAAAGGGGUCGGGGGUUUGAGAAAAAAAUGGAAACGGCCUUUUCUAAUUGGAGCGCAGAGGGACCCACCUUAAAAACAGCCGCCAUGUUCAUCACUUUCUUCUGUUUCUUUUACUUUGGCCUUAAAAUUCUUCUGAAUUCAACAAAAAAAAAAAAAACUUAAAGCAAAAAAAAAGGUCGCGUCUUGGAUGGCGGUUUUUGAGUUCAGAACGACGAAGCGAAAUAAAUAAAGGACAAAUAUACAGUAGAUUUAGAUGCGGGCGGGGGGAGGGGCGAGGAUCUAUUUUGGGGGAAAUGGGGAAUUUUAACAAUAGAAAUUUUUUUUUUCCGACUGCUCAUAACUCCGAUCCAAUCCGCCGCGUUUCUUCCGCUUGGAGGCGGGACAAGGAAAAUGAAAAGGGUUAUGGAAACUCAGAGCCUUCAAAACAAAAAAAGAAAUGUGUUUUUUUUUUUCCCAGUAUUAAAACUAUAAAAACUGUCUAAAACUUUUAGCGGGGGAUAUGGAAGUAUUUUCAUGCUAUUUAACAACAAAAAAAAUGUCACUUUUUUGCAGGUCCUUUCUACUUAUUUUGCUAUCGAUGUAUUUUUCUCAUGGAAGGUUUUUUUUUUUGUUUUUUUUUCCUUUUUGAAAGAUUUAACAAAAAAAACAAAACAAACAAAGUAGGUAUAUUUGGCACGCCGAUUUAUUUAGAUUUUUAGCAAAUAAAAAUAAAAACAAAUAUUUUCAUUUUUUUUUUUUUUUUCUUGCCAGUACAGACAAUAUGCCAAAAAAAAAUAAAAACCUUCUUUUGUACUGCGUUUUUACUGUAAAAUACGUGAAAGGAAGAAUAUACUCUUUUUAUUUUGUUUUUUGUUUUUUUCGCCGGCAGAAUUUAUCUGCUUUUACGGUACAGGAAAAAAAAAAAAAAAAAAGAAUUUUACUGCCUCACGUGGAGUUUCUGCUCGAUCAUAUCAUUUUUUUUUUGUUUUUAUGAAUUUUUUUUUAAAUGUUUUUUUGACGUGUAUUUAUUUACUGGCUAGGAAACGGCUUUAAACAGGAUAAAACAAAGUAUAUGACUGUGGGGGGGUUUCAUUGCUUGGUGAUCUUCCUGUCGCAAUAAAGGUCUAUAUUUCCAAGUG